UGUUCUCUGAAUCUCUCCGUCAAGAGUCCCUCUCCUGCGACGUACAUUUGGUACACAAGCAAUACCUUGGUUCUUGGGGAAGAACCUACUCGCAAGCUGGUGUACGAUAUUGUGAUAGUAGACGGCCUCCGAUGAGGUUCUCAGCGCUGUCCGAAACGGAGGCCGCGGGCUUUCGGUCGCGUCAUAUCCUCCUCAACUCGUUCCAUCCUGUUCUUCAGGGGGUGAUGCGCAUCUUCUUUGCUCUGUGCCACCUGACUAGCAUCAGCUCCAGCUGGCCGAAGGGCUUCGUGUGUCCUUUGCAGCCGAUCGACCUCUCCUGCGAUUGAACGCGCGCAUGCCCGAUUCGGUGCUGAGUCAACUGGUUCGCGCGCCGGUUUCGCUUCGUAUCCGCGUGAAUCGAUACCCCUCUGGUGUAUAAGAGGGGGGAAGAGAUGGUCUGCAACGAUACCUACCUUUCUCGUCUACCGCCCUUCCUCUUACAAUGUCUACCUCAUCUGUGAAGUAUGUUCAGCUCGGUAAGAGCGGUCUUCGGAUCUCAGUUCCCAUCGUUGGCGCUAUGAGCUACGGAAACCCGAAGUGGGCGGCGACUGACGAGUCUACACAAUGGGUUCUCGGCGAAGAAGAUGCAUUGCCCAUCCUCAAGGCUGCCUGGGACCGCGGUAUCAACACUAUCGAUACCAGCAACAACUACUCCAACGGCGACUCCGAACGCAUCGUGGCGAAGUUCAUCGAGAAGUACCAAAUCCCUCGCGAGGAGAUAAUCAUCGCCACCAAAUGCUGGGGCCUCGUCGGCAAGGGCGCCGACCGUGACCUCCUCACCUACGCGCACUUUCCAGCCAUCAACCAACGCAAGGAGUACCUCAACCAGUCCGGCCUCUCGCGCGCGGCUAUCUUCAACGCCGUCGAGGGCUCGCUGGCGCGCCUGAACACCUCAUACAUCGACCUCUACCAGAUCCACCGCUUCGACUUCUCGACGCCACCGGAGGAGACGAUGAAGGCCCUUCACGAUCUUGUCGAGUCGGGCAAGGUUCGCUAUAUUGGCGCGAGCUCGAUGCGGGCGUGGCAAUUUGCGCUGUUGAACGAGGUGGCGGAGAAGCACGGAUGGACGAAGUUUGUCAGCAUGCAGGACGAAUACUCGUUGCUGUAUCGCGAGGAGGAGCGCGAGAUGCUCGCGUACUGCAAGUACCACGGCAUCGGCGUCAUCCCGUGGUCGCCUCUCGCUGGCGGCCGUCUCGCGCGCCCCUUGGCCGAGAACGAGACUCCACGUGCGAAGGCCUUCGCCUCGUUUGGCAUUGGCAAUGGGAACGAAGUCGAGGCCGAUAUCAUCAAGCGUGUCGAGGAGGUCGCGAAGAAGCGGGGCUGGACGAUGGCGCAGGUAUCGCUUGCAUGGACGCAGCGCAACGUCUCCAGCCCCAUCGUCGGCUUCAACUCCCUCAAGCGCGUCGACCAGAACCUUCUGCCAGAAGGCGAGCUCACGGACGAGGAGGCCAAGUACCUGGAGGAGCCGUACCAGCCGAGGCCCGUUCGCGGCCACCCUUAAGGGAAUGCUAUCGAGCGGACUUCCAUUGUACUUGUAGCAACCUCGUGAACAUGAACGUUUUGACGACAUCGCCAGG